AUGGCUACCAUUCAAUGGACAGCAGCGACCGCGCUCGUGACGUGGGGCGCUCUGUGCGCAACAGUGGGCGCUUGGGUGGGAAAGAACUACGUGCUGGAGCAACGCCAACUGCGCUCGGACGAUCCACUGGUCGUCGCCGCGUUGGAGCACGAGAUCGAGCGCCAGAAGCAGCUGCGGACGCAGGAACGAAGUGGCCGGACCACUGCCGAGCGAGAAGCACGGGAAGCUCUGCAGCAGCAACAGCAGGCAACGGGGUACUCGCUCGAGGCCAUUGCGUACACGGACUCGUGUUUCGCUGAUCGACGGGGCACUCCGCGACAAGGGGGUCUCGUGGCGAACGCCCGGGCGCGUAUCCAGUUCAACACGAGUAUCCCACCGGCAUCGCUCGAGUGUCUGGAGCACUUUAGUCACCUGUGGGUGCUGUUUGUCUUCCACGAGAACACAAACUUGACCAAGCGCGCGUCCAAGUCGACGUUCCCAGCCAAGAUCGCUCCUCCACGACUUGGGGGCAAGAAGGUCGGGCUCUUCUCCACGCGCACGCCGCAUCGGCCAAACGCAGUCGGUCUCUCGGUCGUCAAGAUCGAAGCUGUGCAUGAUCGGUGCAUUGAGAUCAGUGGCCACGACCUCGUGCAUGGCACGCCCGUGCUGGACGUGAAGCCAUACGUGCCUGCCGAUUGCGUAUCGGCGCACGUUGUGCCUGACUGGGUGGCAGCAGACACGGACGUGAGGGCCAGACCUGUCGAGUUCUCACGGGAUGCAAUGGCGUCAUUGACCGACCUUGUCGAGGCCAAGUUGUCGUCGUUUUACUCCGACGUAGCGGACCUGAAGGCUGCCAUUGAGCAGAUGCUUGUCUUGGACAUCCGCAGUGUGCACCAGGGACGCGGACAAGCUGCAGAGACGCAGCAGUUCCAAUGCCGCUUUGAUAACGUGCUGAUCGAGUUCACAACGCUGCACGAGUGCAUCCGCGUGCUGAGCUGCACGCGGUAUAUAACACCGCAGGAGCGAUCUCGCCAGAGUCUCAGCUGA